AUGUCUUCACCUGUAAAAUGUCAUCGUUUUGAAAAUAAAGUAGCUAUUGUAACAGCAGCUACAAAAGGAAUUGGAUUAGCUAUUGCUGAAAGAUUGGGUCUUGAAGGUUGUAGUAUUGUUAUUAGCAGUAGAAAUGAAAAAAAUGUCAAAGAAGCUAUAGAUUAUUUAAAAGGAAAAGGUGUAAAAAAUGUUGAAGGUACCGUUUGCCAUGUAGCAAAAGAUGAAGACAGAAAAAAACUUGUCAAUUUUGCAUUAGAAAAAUUUGGAAAAAUAGAUAUUCUUAUUAAUAAUCAUGGAAUAAAUCCCGUCUUUGGAGAUAUACUUUCUGUAACAGAAGACGUUUGGGAUAAACUUUUUGAGACAAAUGUUAAAGCAGGAUUUAUGCUAACUAAACUUGUCGUACCACAUAUGUUGAAAAAUGGUGGUGGAAAUGUUAUCUUUAAUGCUUCUUAUGGUGCAUAUAGACAAGGAAAUGGUAUUGCUGCAUACACAGUAACAAAAACUACAUUACUUGGUUUGACGAAAGCUCUUAGUAAUGAAUUGUCUCCACAAGGAAUUAGAGUUAAUGCUAUUGCUCCAGGAGUUAUUAAAACUAAAAUGAGUAAAGCUAUGUGGGAUGGAGAUAAUGGGGAAAAAGAUUUAGUUAAUGCUCUUGAAACUCCAAUGGGAAGAUUAGGAACACCAGAAGAGUGUAGUGGUGCUGUAGCUUAUCUUGUAUCAGAUGACGCUUCAUAUGUUACUGGAGAAACUAUUGUCAUUGCAGGUGGUAUUCAUGCUAGAUUGUAA